AUGCCAGAUGAUGCUUUACUAAUAUGGAAGGAUAUGUGCAAAGUGUAUCCAAUACUAUCCAAGGUUGCCGUUAAAUAUCUAGUACCUUUUGCGACGUCUGUCCCCAGCGAAAGAUUAGUUUCUAAGACAGGAUUGACAUUAAACAAACAACGGAAUCGAUUAACAUCCAAGCAUUUAAAUCAACUGUUAUUUUUUAAGCGUAUUGAAUAA